GUGGUGGUGGGUUCCCAAGAUUCGGCCCGCCCGAACUUGGCACGCUUUUAUUUAUUUUAACUCUGUCCCGACAAAAAUAGUUUUUUUCUAAGACAUACAAAUGAUGCCUUUAGUAUCAAAUAUCAUAAGAACACAGUGGAAAGCUUUUAGAACCACUCACCCCCUGAAAAGGGGAUCCAUAGCCUAUGCUCUGCUAUGGCCAACGAGUAGUCUUGUUCAACAAUCAUUUGAGGGUAAAAAUUUUGGAACCUACGAAUAUACCAGUGCCUUAAGAUUCGGUAUACUUGGUUCCUUAUACGUAGCUCCUGCCUUAUAUGUUUGGGUAAGGGUAUCGUCAGCUAUGUGGCCACAAAUGUCAUUAAGAAUUGGUUUGUUAAAGGCUGCUGUCGAACAAGUGUCCUUUGCACCCUUUAUCUAUGGUAGUUUUUUUGCGGGUAUGACUUUGCUCGAAGGCAAACCCAUACGAACUGCUAUGGAGGAGGUGAAAAAUAAAUUUAUACCUACAUAUAAGGUGGGCCUGUAUUUUUGGCCCAUUUUACAGACAAUAAAUUUUUCCAUGGUCCCCGAAAGGCAUCGUUUGGUAUAUUUAAGCCUAUGCAGUCUUAUGUGGACAAUAUUUUUGGCCUACAUGAAGAAAACGAGUAUAACAGAAGAAACACCAUUUAGAAUAGAGGAGAAAAUAACAUGGAGCAGAAAACCAAACUUGGCGACGUUGUAGCUAAUUUCCAAUAUUUUUUAAAUUUAAAUAUCUUAUUAAACUGAAGGUGAUAAUAAAAUUGUAUUUAUUUAUUUUUA